CGCUCGCGCCGCUGACUGAUGGACCUGGUGUGACUCCGGAUCUCUUCCGACCCUUUGGGACGAAACCGGAGGAAAACCGGGUUUUUUAUCCGCGAUGAGAACCGAACAGAUUGAACAGGGAGAGAACUCGACCAACUCGCAGAGCGAGAUGCUGAUCAACCAGCUGAAGGAGAUCACUGGCAUCAGGGACCCACAGAUUCUCUACAGAGCCUUGAAGGCCAGUCAGGGGGACGUUGGACAUGCUGUUGGAAUGUUAACAACACAACCUCCAGAGGUUCAGGAUCCUGGGGAUCCAGAGGAGUCAGGGGCCCCUGAAGAGGCCUGGGAGGGCCCAAAAGGAAUUCGUAAAGAUGAGCUGCAGGCGGCCAUAGAGCUCAGCCUGCAGGAGUCCCGCAAUGCCCAGGAGGAGGAGAGGGAAUUUCACAGGGCUCUGGAGGCCAGUGCAGAGGAGAACGCAGCGAGAAUGAAGAGGAAACGAUGUGAGGCCCAGGGCGACAUGAGCAACCCCGCAGACUGGAUGCGUCAGGACGACUGGCCCGUGGGCAUUCGCAACGUGGGAAACACCUGCUGGUUCAGUGCCGUCAUACAGUCCCUGUUCCACCUGCCUGUGUUCCGGAGGCUGGUUCUCAACUACCAUCCGUCUGAGCGUCUCCUGGAGAAGUGCAAGAGCCACUCAGACAAGAGGAACAUCGCGUUCAUGCAGGAGCUGCGUUGCCUGUUCGCCCUCAUGCUCGGCUCCACCCGCCGGUUCGUGGAUCCCUCUGCUGCCGUGGAGUUACUGCGCGAUGCCUUCAGGAGCAGUGAGGCCCAACAGGAUGUAAGCGAGUUUUCUCACAAGCUGCUUGAAUGGCUGGAGGACGCAUUUCAACUGGCUGCCAGUGGAAACAACGCAGAGGACAAACAGAAAAACCCCAUGGUCCAGCUUUUCUACGGCACCUUCGUAACUGAAAGAAAACAUGAAGGUAAAACGCUGUGCAACACCGAGCAGUUUGGUCAGUAUCCGCUUCAAGUCAACGGCUUCAACAACCUGGAUGAAUGUCUGGAAGGAGCCAUGGUCGAGAGGGAGAUUGAGUCACUGCACUCAGAACACAGCGUUACACCCGGUCGCGAGAGAUGGUUCAACAAGUUACCGCCGGUCCUGACGUUUGAAUUGUCCAGAUUUGAGUUCAACACUCAGCUCGGUCGUCCUGAAAAGAUACACAAGAAGCUGGAGUUCCCACAAAUCAUUUACAUGGACAGAUAUCUGCACAGAAACAUAGACCAGGCCCAUGAGAGGAGAGGGGAAGUGAAGAAACUCAAGGAGCAUCUUGCCGUCCUUCAACAGAAGCUUGAGUGCUACAAAAACUACGGCUCCGGACCGACCAAGUAUCCUCUAGCUGACAUGCUGCAGUUUGUGUUGGAGUUUGCGACGACAAAGCCGACAAGUGUGUCCCCGGCCGAGGACCUGAGACUCGCUGCGUCUUCACCGACUCAGUCGAGUCCCCCGCUCGGUGAACCCACAUCCAGAGAGAACGGUGAACCAGAAGACACAGAUUCUUCCGAGGGCCCGGUGUCCAGCGUGUCCAGUUGCCAGCGGACCCCCAUAUACAAGCCCUUCACCCAGUGCAGACCCCCCCUGGACUGCCCCCCGCACCCUGCCCCACACAGCAUCACCGACGAGGAGCUGCACUCUGUAAAGAGCUGCCUGCAGCGCUGGAGGACCGAAGUAGAGAAUGAUAUCAAUGAGCUACAGGCCAGCAUUGACAGGCUCAGUCAGAAGCUGGAGGGCAUGUACACAGACAACAGUCUCUGUCAGGCCCCCUACAGGCUCCACGCGGUGCUCGUCCAUGAGGGCCAGGCGUCGGCCGGUCACUACUGGGCCUACAUCUACGACCACGCCAACCAGCGCUGGAUGAAGUACAACGACGUGUGCAUCACCGAGUCGUCGUGGGAGGAGCUGGAGCGCGACUCGUUCGGGGGCAUGACCAACGCCAGCGCCUACUGCCUGAUGUACAUCGACGACAGGCUGCCCUACCUUAUCACAGAAGACACAGAUGACGAGACAGGCCAGAUGCUGCACGGCAUGGACUCCCUGCCGCCCGUCCUCCGGCGCUACGUCCACGAAGACAACCGCUGGUUCCAGCAGGAGCUCAGCGAAUGGGAGGAGCAGUUCUGCCAGACGGCCGCGCCGCAGGGAGAGACCACCGCUUCGGUCGAGAUCCCAAAUCCUGACGUCCAGCAAGCAGCCGUUGAGCCAGCACCUCAGUCAGGACCCUGCACGGAGGAGGAGGAGAAGGAGGAGGAGGAGGAGGAGGAGGAGGAGGACCAGGGAGCCGCUGAGGAGCCGGAGCCGGAGGAGCCGGAAGCAGAGAAGGAUCCAGAGGCCGAACCCGGGGAGAAGCCUGAAGAAGAACCAGAGUCAACACCAUCACCACCACCACCCCCACCACCCCCACCGGCGCAGAGCCCUGGCCUCCAGCCCAACGACAGCAGCACUGCAGCCGUCACCGACACCGACGCCCCGGAGCCCGGACCGAGCUCCACUUCAGCUGAGCAGGAGCCGCAGAGUCAGACUCCUGACCCCGAAGCCGAGCUCAGAGACCCGACCUCCCCUGACCUCCAUCUGGAGAAGGACGACAAAGAGGUGACGGACCUCGGCUCCAAAGCUGAAGACGAGACGGAGGCCUCCGGAGGAGGAGGAGGAGGAGGAGGAGGAGCACCUGAACAGGAAGCAGAGCAGAAGGAGGAGACGCAGCAGGAGGACGUCCCGCCGGCGAGGCAGCGACAGACCGAGGACGUGGUGUCGGAGGUGGAGAUCCCGAACGUGGGCCGGAUCAUGGUGAGGGCUGAUGCUGAUGGAUACAAUGAAGAGAUGAUGCUGACUCCAGCUAUGCAGGGCGUCAUUCUGGCCAUCGCCAAGGCCCGACACAUUUUCGACAAGGAAGGCCCCGAGGCCGGCCUCAUCAAGGCCUUCCACGAGGAGUACUGCCGCUUGUUUGAGCUCUCCCAGGAGGAGACCACGCCCCAGGAGGAUCCUCGUCUGCAGCACGCUCUCGUCUACUUCUUCCAGAACAACGCGCCCAAACGCAUCAUCGAGAGGACGCUGCUGGAGCAGUUCACCGACCGGAACCUGAGCUUUGACGAGAGGGCCAUCAGCAUCAUGAGGGAAGCCCGGGCCAAGCUGCGCCUCAUCAAGCCAGACGACAUGGACAUGGAUGAAUACUUGCAGUGGCAGGACGACUACAGGCUGUUCAGGACGGUGUUUGUGUACCUGCUGACCGGCCUGGAGCACUACCAGCACGGGAAGAUGCGGGAGGCUCUGAACUACCUGGCUCAUGCGUACGAGACCAACUCCUCUCUCCUGAAGAACGGAGAGAAACGAGGCGUGGACAAGUCUCUGAUUGGGGUUUACAGGAGGAAAUGUCUCACUGCGCUGAACGAGAGCGCCUCACGGUUGUUCUGCAGCGGCGAGGAGAGCAAGGUGGAGGAGGGCGUGGCCAUCAUGGACGAGGCCGUGAUCCCCUGUCUUCACCUGAUGAGCCGGGACCUGGUUCCAUCGCAGGAGGAUCGGGACGUCACGGAGAGCAUCCGCAGCCAGUGGUGCUGCUGCCUGGGCCAGGACAUGGAGGACUCCCUGCAGGUGAAGCUGGGGGAGUUGCUUCCCCGGGUCCUGGACGGGGCAGCGGAGGCCGUCGUGCUCCAGGACCCCCCCAAAGUGCACGUCCACCAGGCACACGACCUGUGCAGCCGCCUGGCCGCCGUCAUGGAGUCCAUUCACAGCACCACGGUGGUCAGCGUGAAGUAAACGAGUGGAACCUCCGACAACCUCCUUCUAAACGUGCACCCUCAAUGCAAGCAGCACAGACAGUGGACUGAUCUGUGCUGAGCGGCUGAUCGGUGGAGACAUUUGUGUUUUCCACGUUAUCUGCUGCUUUGGCGUCGCACACAAAUAUUGUUUUUGAUAUGUUAACACGUGCAAGCUGCAAGCACUCAUUGGGGAUUAGUAGAUACGGGAACACACGCUCAUUGCAACAGCAUUAACUCGUCUAAAAAGAAAAUUUGUUCUACCCCAAAAUCCUUUGAAGAAUUUCUCGUGAAGCUUAAAAUCUGUGAGAAUGAUCGAUUUGCAUCUGCAGCCUUCUUCUGGCCAAUGUUCAAAUGUGCUGCAGCUCUAGAGAGGAUUCUAAAGAUUUACUCUGUGUCACUAUCACAGACAAUUAUUCGUGAAACCAAACUGCUGACGUGAAACAACAUGAAGUCAAAUCCCCACUCUGACUCGCGAGUACUCGGAAAAAGUUUGUAAAUUGACAUGUUGUACUGACACUGGCGUAAUUUGUUCAUUUUUAAAAGUGACAACAUUUCAGACGCUUUUCGGGGAUUAACUCCGCAAAAUCGUUUCUGAAGUUUAUCUUUUAAUAUGAAGAACUUAGCUGGAGACUGUUUGGGUCCGAUACGUUCACAACAACAGGAAAACAUCUGUUACAUUCAGGUGGAGUAACAUCUGUGUAUCGCAGCCGGACGCAGGACAUGGCGUAAAUGUUAAGUUUUUGUUUUUGCACAUCGACAUCAGCCCCUUUUGCCAAACGCUCUUGAAUCUCUUCGUCUUUCCAAGUUGACGUCUUCUGUGUGUGUGAAGCCACAUUUUCAUCCUGAGAUAUUUGUAUUCCUCCAGUUUUGCAUCUGUCUCGUGUUAGAAGUAGAGCUGUGAAAAAUAACGCGUUAACGCGUUAUGAUUAAAUUACAGGAUUAAUUCGUUUUUUUUUUUAACGCAUUUAACGCAUGCGCAGAAGGACCUUCCAAUUCCGCCGCCUCUGCACUAGUCGCCGCUCUAAUGCAGUCAGACGGCAGCUGCCAUUCAAACAAACAAACAACAUGGAUAGUUCUGAUGAACCUGAGGACCUUCUGGACGGGAAGAUCGUGUUCCAAAAAAACAAAGAUCGAACAUUCAGUAAAACCAAGGUGAUAUGCACACUCUGCGAGAAGACGUUAUCGUUUCCCCGUAGCAAUACCCGCCUAACCACCGCAACGCGAAGCAUGUGUUGGUCGGCGAGGGGCGUUCAAGUGGAAUGCGCCAAACCAGACUCACUCGCAGGACACAUUGUGCAAAAGAAGCGGUCAGCUUUACUGUCAGAGAAUUUGAACAAGUUAGUUUGCCUCACCAACUGGCUAAAGACCGAGUAGCUAAGAGGGCCUUUAGAGGCAUUAGAUUGUAUCAUGGUGUGGUUAAUGGUUGUGUGACAAAAAAUAUAAAAAAUGUCAACCAUCCUAUGGCUAAGAAGCUCAAAUAAUUUCUGUUUGAUUUAAAAAAAAAAAGUUUUAUUCAACCACACAAUGGCUAAGGAACCCGAAUUCUGUUUAGGAUGAAGAUUAUAUUAAUGUUCCAUAUGGAAAAGCAAUGAUAACUGCUGAAGAACUGCUGAGUUGCAGCACAAAAGAAAAGUUAAAUGUCAUAAAUCUUGUUUUCACAAAAAUAUUCCGAGAAAAUCGGUAAUGUGAUUAAUCAUGAUUAAUCCAUAGAAACCUGUGAUUAAUUUGAUUAAAAAUUUUAAUCAUUUCACAGCCCUAGUUAGAAGCAUCGUCAACACAUCAGCUCCUUCGCUCGCUUGCUCGCUCUGGAUCUUUCCGGAACUUUUCUUGCAGUAUUCUCACAUGGACUGACUUUGACAUUUGCCUUCUCACGUACAGCUACUCUAGAGGAUUUCAGGUAAAUGCUCUGACGUCAGUGCGUGUCUGAAAGCAGCUUCAGACCGUGACACACAACUCUGCUGGGAUUGUUGAUUUGCUCAUUGUGUUGUUAAUCAGCGUGAAUGCACGACAAAGCCUCUUGAUUUGUACUGCACAGUAACAGAGUUCUGUUUGUUAGCUCUUUUUUUUUUUUAAAUAUAUAUUUUAUAUUACUUACUACUUUGUAGUUUUUCCAAAACAGACUCUAGAAAGUUUUACGCGUAAAGGAAAAUUCAGAAUCGUAUUCACAGAAUGCAGUGAUGCAUAAAAGAUAUUAAUGUACGACUUUAAAAAACAAAGGGAGCUGGCUCAGAACACUCAGUUCAUCUGUGAGCUGGAGUGUUAGGGGGCAGCUCUUCUUUGUAUGACAGCACCUUGCAUAUACAACUGUGCCUUCUUUGAGAUGUUCCUGUAACAGCUGCUGAGUCCACUCUGCCUUUUCACUUGGUGUCUGUGAUGAUACUCAAUAAAUGUUUAAAUACGC